CGGCACCGCAAAAUCGCCGGCAUGAGCGCCCUCCGCCGCCCCGCGUCCCGGGCCCGGCCUUUCUGACAAGAGGUGUGAGAGGAUUGCAAUUAUAUUACAAUCAUGGUGCAAAAAUACCAGUCACCGGUAAGGGUGUAUAAACACCCCUUUGAGUUAAUUAUGGCUGCCUACGAAAGGAGGUUCCCUACAUGUCCUUUGAUUCCAAUGUUUGUGGACAGUGACACUGUGAACGAAUUCAAGAGUGAAGAUGGGGCCAUUCACGUCAUUGAAAGGCGCUGCAAACUGGACAUAGAUGCACCCAGACUGCUGAAGAAGAUUGCCGGAGUUGAUUAUGUUUAUUUUGUCCAGAAAAACUCACUGAAUUCUCGGGAACGCACUUUGCAUAUUGAGGCCCACAAUGAAACGUUUUCCAAUCGAGUCAUCAUUAACGAGCAUUGCUGCUACACCGUUCACCCUGAAAAUGAAGAUUGGACCUGUUUUGAGCAGUCUGCAAGCUUAGAUAUUAAAUCUUUCUUUGGUUUUGAAAGUACUGUGGAAAAAAUUGCAAUGAAACAAUAUACCAGCAAUAUUAAGAAAGGAAAAGAAAUCAUUGAAUACUACCUUCGUCAGCUGGAGGAGGAAGGCAUAACCUUCGUGCCUCGCUGGACUCCACCUUCCAUCACACCCUCUGCAGAGUCAUCUUUGUCAUCGUGCAAGAAACAAGCCGUGGCCACAGCCAUCGUCAUCCCAGACGCUGCUCUCCAGGAAGGGCUGAGCAGCGAGGCCCUCGGCAGCCCAGGCGGGGCACCUGAGCCCGUGGUGGGGACCCCUGACGACAAACUGGAUGCAGACUACAUCAAGAGGUACCUGGGCGAUUUGACCCCGCUGCAGGAAAGCUGCCUCAUCAGGCUUCGCCAGUGGCUCCAGGAGACCCACAAGGGCAAGAUUCCAAAAGAUGAGCAUAUUCUCCGGUUCCUGCGUGCUCGUGAUUUUAAUAUUGAUAAAGCCAGAGAAAUCAUGUGUCAGUCUUUAACUUGGCGGAAGCAGCACCAGGUAGACUACAUUCUUGACACCUGGAACCCUCCCCAGGUCCUUCAGGACUACUACGCGGGCGGCUGGCAUCAUCACGAUAAAGACGGGCGGCCUCUCUAUGUGCUCAGGCUGGGGCAGAUGGAUACCAAAGGCUUGGUGAGAGCCCUCGGAGAGGAGGCCCUGCUGAGAUACGUCCUCUCCAUAAAUGAAGAAGGGCUAAGACGAUGUGAAGAAAAUACAAAAGUCUUUGGUCGGCCUAUCAGCUCGUGGACCUGCCUGGUGGACCUGGAGGGGCUGAACAUGCGCCAUUUGUGGAGGCCGGGGGUGAAGGCCCUGCUGCGCAUCAUUGAGGUGGUGGAGGCCAACUACCCCGAGACGCUGGGCCGCCUGCUCAUCCUCCGCGCGCCCAGGGUGUUUCCUGUCCUCUGGACGCUGGUUAGUCCAUUCAUCGACGACAACACCAGAAGGAAGUUCCUCAUUUACGCGGGAAACGACUACCAGGGCCCUGGAGGCCUGCUGGAUUACAUCGACAAGGAGAUCAUCCCCGACUUCCUGAGUGGGGAGUGCAUGUGUGAAGUGCCGGAGGGCGGACUGGUCCCCAAGUCGCUGUACAGGACUGCAGAGGAGCUGGAGAACGAGGACCUCAAGCUCUGGACAGAGAGCAUCUACCAGUCUGCGAGUGUGUUCAAAGGCGCCCCGCACGAGGUUCUCAUUCAGAUUGUGGAUGCCUCUUCGGUGAUCACUUGGGAUUUUGACGUGUGCAAAGGGGACAUUGUCUUUAACAUCUAUCACUCCAAGAGAUCCCCACAACCACCCAAAAAAGACUCGCUGGGGGCCCACAGCAUCACCUCUCCAGGAGGGAAUAACGUGCAGCUCAUAGACAAAAUCUGGCAGCUGGGCCGUGACUACAGCAUGGUGGAGUCGCCUCUGAUUUGCAAGGAAGGAGAAAGCGUUCAGGGCUCACAUGUGACCAGGUGGCCGGGCUUCUACAUCCUGCAGUGGAAGUUCCACAGUAUGCCCGCGUGUGCCGCGACCAACCUGCCCCGGGUGGACGACGUGCUGGCCUCCUUGCAAGUCUCUUCCCACAAGUGCAAAGUGAUGUACUACACCGAGGUGAUCGGCUCUGAGGAUUUCAGAGGUUCGAUGACCAGCCUGGAGUCUAGCCACAGUGGGUUCUCCCAGCUGAGCGCCACCACCACCACCUCCAGCCAGUCCCACUCCAGCUCCAUGGUUUCCAGGUAGUGCCGCGAUGCCUGUGCCUGGCGUGCGGAGGGGAUGGCCACGCCUGCUCGGACAGCCAGCCGCACUCCGCCGCCCCCAUGGCGACAUUGUGCAGACUCCUCACCUCUAGAUAGCAAAUAGCUCUCCAGAUGGUUAAUGUAGUCAUUUGACCCCAGAACUGUCUUGGCAGGUAGUUUUAACUCUAACCCUAACUCAAUAGCCAUAGAUUUUGUAUACAGUGUGCACAAAGUCAGAGCACAAGGGCUCUCCUAGGAGAAAAGCAGUUUAUAUACUAAUUAAGAGUGACUUUAUCUCAAAUAUUGAUGCAAAAAAUUUUUCCAACAAACUCCACAUUGUCCAUUAGUGAGUGAAUUCCUGUGACAUCCUUCAGAGAUGAGUCCCACCUCCUCCCACGGAGCAGAAGCUGCCAACUGGUUUCCCCUAAACUGCACUGUAGUCCUUAUGUCUCCUUGCUGGUAGUCAAGAUGGCCCUUGAGGUCCCUUCUCCUCUGAGGCUUCAAGGGCAGUCUGAGGAGCACCCAGUCCCCGGCCCCAUCCAUUCACUGUUCUAAAGUGGGUGCAGUGGCUCAGGAGGGACUCCCAGGACUCCCUGCGACUUGAGGAAAACGCCGCCAUCAUUAAACAUUACAGUCUUCUUCCUCCUCUUCAAAUCUCUUUGAUAUUUUCAGACCAGGAUUUUUCUGUGUGUCAGCUUGGGUAUAGGGGAUUCUUCCCCCUUUUUCUUCUGUCGCCCUUAACUGCAGCGUGUUCUGAAUGCAUCGUAGGUCCAUCUCUGUGCUCGCUAGUGGCUUUCUGCCCUCAGAAAGGUAGCCUUUCUGGUCACUGGAGGGUAUUUUGGAAGCAGAGUAAGUCACAUUUGCUAUGUUAACACUUUACAGUGUGUUUUUAACUAACCAGCACAGCACCCCAUAUUGCCACUUGAGAGUGGCGUUUGGCUUGUAGGAGCCCUGCUUCUUUGUGCGUGGAAAUUGUAGACGUGUGUGUGUGCAUGCGUGCGAUGGGUGCUGGUGGGAGGGGGCAAAUAGAAACUUAGGUCAGGUCACAGAGGAUUCUCCAUAGAAGCAAAUCAGUGUGAGGUUAAUUUGCCUUUUACAUUUAUGUUUGAUUCCUGAUGAGCAAGCUGCUCUAUCUGGUGUAGGCCCUCAUUUUUUUCAACUUUUAUGGGAAAAGCAGUUACUUGUGAAUCUGUCCAAGAGUAGCAUAGGAGUAGCCUCCAUGAUGAGGACAUGAGAUGUGUUCUUAUGUAUGGGCAGAGACUGUGCUUUUAAAGGUGUGUGCUGAAACCUACACAGCUGUCCUGUGCGUGCAUGGUGGGCACGUACGUGCUAGAUUGCGCUGUCCUGGCUCCACUCUGAAGGUGCUAGUGGUGCUGUGUGACUGCAGAGCCAUGGAGGCCGCUUGCCCUGUGGAGGGGUCUGGGAGGGCUGGGGCAAGACCAGGCAAGCCCUCGCAGCGGCCUGCAUGCUGAAGACGGCUCUGGGCCUCUCCCGGGCUUGCCUGCCUUUCUGGGGCACAGCUCUGUGUUUCCUUUAGGGGAUGAGCCCCUCACUGCACCUGAGGCCUGUCUCCCACAACACGGCAGGGGCAGUUAGUGCCUCCGAGCCGACUCCACUCAGCGCUUCCCGUUUCCAAAUUAUAAGGACCUGAGAAGGUCCCUGCUUUCUCUUUCUUCUCUCUUUCUCUGUGUCUCAGAUGGCGAUUUUGCUGACAGCUGCCAAGAAAACGCUCCACUCAACAGUCCUCAUGUGCCCAGAGAUGUUUAUAGAACUAUUUGAAUUGCAGCCAUCCCCCCACCCCCAGACUGAAGAUCUGUUCUUUUUAAGUUGGUUCAGGAGUGGCGCGGUUUUACCCCUAGAGUUUAAUGCAUCUCUAGAGUUCAAAGCACAUGACUGCACAGCAUUCGCAGGGCCUGCUCUGAGUAACACCCCACCACGCUCCUUGGGAGGAGGCCGUGGGGCAUCUGGGGUUUGAGUAUGCAGUUUGUGUAUGUCUCUCUACUUUUAGUACCUUGCCACUCUUUUUAAAAUGCUGCUGUCAUUUCCCUUUUUUUCCCUCAGUACUAAUGAUUCUUUGGUUUUCCCUCUAUUACCAGUGUCUUAAUUCACUUUCCUUCCUAAACUCAUUAUUUGCAUAUCAAAUUCUGUAAAUGUUUUGUAAACAUAUUACCUCACUCUUGGUAAUACAAUACUGAUAGUCUUUAAAAGAUUUUUUUAUUGUUAUCUAUAAUAAAUGUGAACUGUUUAAAGAAAAAAAAA